CGCGGGUUUCGGCGCAGCGGGGCUCGGGACCCGGAAGCAGAAGCGGGGCCGGGAGGCGGCUGGAUGGGAAGGAGCGGCGGCGAGCGGCGAUGGGGGAGCAGCAGAGCUCGCUGAGCGCCCCGCGGGCGGCCGCCGCUCCACCGAGCCCGGCCGGGGGCCCGCGGGAGCCCGGCCCGGACGAGACGCCUUUGCCGCGAGAGGCGGUCCCGGGCGGCGGGGCGGCUGGGCCGGGGCGAGGCGGGGAGCAGCUGCUGCCGGCCGCCGCCGGCCCCGAGCGGCGAGGGGCCGAAGAGGAGGCGGAGGCGGCGGCCGGGCCGGAACAGCCGCCGGGCUCGGGGGAGCCGGCGGCCCCGGCGGAGGAGGGGCUGGAGGGAGGCAGCGGCCGCCGCCGCCCCCCCCGGCGGCACGUGUACUGCACCGUCUACUGCGUGGAGAACGACCGGCCGCCGGCGGCCGCCGGCUCCCCCCGCGGCGGCCCGGGCGUGGGGCAGCCCCCGGCGCGGCGCGAGGUGGUGUCGGGCGACGACCCGCUGUCGUCGGGCGGCAGCAUCGAGGUGGUGGACUUGUACCUGCUGCCCGAGCCCUUCUCCGGGCUGAUCGCGGGCGAGUUCGGGCCGCUGCUGGUGCUGAGCUGCCGCGUGUGCCUGGAGGAGAAGCCCAUCAAGCCCCUGUCCUGCUGCAAGAAGGCGGUGUGCGAGGAGUGCCUCCGGCGGUACCUCAGCUCCCAGGUGCAGCUGGGACAAGUGGAUAUAAAAUGCCCCAUCACAGAGUGCAGCGAACACCUGGAUGAAACAACUGUCAUCUAUAACCUGCCCCAUGACGACAUCAUCAAGUAUAAAUACUUCCUGGAACUCAGCCGUAUUGACUCCAGCACCAAGCCAUGCCCUCAGUGCAAGCACUUUACAACCUUCCGGAGGAGAGGCCACAUUCCUACCCCUGCCAAAUUGGAGAACAAAUACAAAAUCCAGUGUCCAUCUUGCCAAUUUGUCUGGUGUUUCAAGUGCCACUCUCCCUGGCAUGAAGGCGUUAACUGCAAAGAAUACAAGAAGGGAGACAAGCUGUUACGUCACUGGGCCAACGAAAUCGAACACGGGCAGAGGAAUGCCCAGAAGUGUCCAAAAUGCAAGAUCCACAUCCAGAGAACUGAAGGGUGUGACCACAUGACCUGUUCACAGUGUAACACUAAUUUCUGUUACCGUUGUGGGGAGAGAUACCGCCAGCUCCGCUUCUUUGGAGAUCACACGUCAAACCUCAGUAUCUUUGGAUGCAAAUACCGCUACCUCCCCGAGAGACCACAUUUAAGGAGAUUAGUGCGAGGCUCUGUCUGUGCUGGAAAACUACUCAUUACACCCCUAAUAUUGGUUCUGGGACUGGCACUGGGAGCUGUAGCUGUUGUAAUAGGUUUAUUUGUGUUUCCUAUCUAUUGCCUUUGUAAAAAGCAGAGGAAAAGGUCACGGACAGGUAUGCCCUGGUGAGGAUGGACAUUACUCGCCUGAACUGAGCUGGUCCUGCAAGGGCUAUCCGUGUUUUGUGCAACAGAGCAAUACCUUGCUGGUUACAGCAUCAAAGCCACCGCCCUGGAAGAAGAAUGGGGGCUCUCCUGCCAUCUUCCCUCAGCUGAAAACACUACUGCAGACCAGAAAGCCUCUUUGCUCUGGUGCACUCUCAACAAGAUGGGCCCCCUGACUGCUGCUUUUUAAAUGUUUUUGGUUUUGUUUUUUUUUAGUUAUUACUUUGGAGGGGUUUUUUUGAGUCUAAGUUUCUGAACCAGACAAUCCAAGUCUGUAUUGUAGCCACAAUUCUACUACCGAUUUGGCCUGUGAAGAAAGAAUUUAACUGCUAACAUGUGCUCGUUUAACUUCAGUGUCAGCCUUUAAGGGGGAAAUGCUUAGAAGUGUUUGGACUCUUACUGUAUACUGAGCAUACUACUUUUGGUAUUAAAAACUACUUCUGUAAAUAACUUCCAUCACACAGCAUUCUGUUCAGCAUACCAAAACCCCAUCACAUGCCAGAGCACGACAGCUGGUUAUCUUCUGAGUCCUCCUGCUAGUGGAGCGCACAUUGCCACCGCCAGACUGCAGUGCCUCAGAGGGAAAUACCCUUAGUACUGAAGCGCCGUGAUAUUUAAGAAUGUGGUGAUUGGUUUCACUUCAGUAAAUUAUUUAUGGCAGUCUAUUAAUAUUAAUGGCAGGGGGUGUGACAAGAUUUGUUACAACAGGACUUCAUUUUUAAAUUCUCGCAGUACAGAAAAGAUUUGAGGGGUUUAGAUAACAAGAUGUGUCAGUGGCCUAAUCUGUCCCAAGAUGUCCCUGAAGUGUGUUUGCAGGGAAGCUGGAAGCCUGCUCUUUUAUUCUGACUUGGAAUAUGAUACACAUGCUACACACUACCUGUGUGAAGAUUGACUUGAUGAAAUUUUAUAACCUAAAUAGCACAUUUUGUUUGUUUGUUCCUUUGAGUAGGCUACUACUAUGUAAGUCUUGGAGUAGCCACUGAUGUCUCAUGAGGAAAAUCUGUGAAUCCCGGGUAAGGGGAGUAAUCAUAAAUUCUUAGGAGACCACUUCAUUCUUACUUUCUGCUUCCAGUGUUGCUCUUCCUGGCGCAUGACAGUUCUGAAGAGAAUAGCUCUCUUUGCUCUUUUUUUCUUAAGUUCCACUGUUUGCUACCAAACCUCUUUCUCAGUGCAUCACCACAACAGCAAUGUAAUUCAGCAAAAGGAAUCAGCUACUGAGAAUUUUUACACCUUUAAUUUUAAUCCAAAUUUAUCAUACAAAUAUAACUCUAAAAACUAGAAUAAAUUUUGUUUAGGCAGAACACUGAAACAAUAAAGAAAGGAACUGAAUAAGAAAAAUAUCUACUUUAUACUGUAAAAAUACAAGCUAAUCUUAAAAAAGAUUGGAUUUGUACUGUGAAGGUACUCUUUUUCAGUGUGUGUGUGUUUGAAGACAUAUUUAUAUAUGUUUGUGUAUGUAUGGGGAAAGGGGGAAGCAGGAAGAUGGGAAACGUCCUUAAAGUCUACAGACUUCAAAAUUUAGGCUUGCAAAUAAUGUAUCAUUAAGAGGAUGUACUUUGUACCACUUUCUUUGAAAAUUGUUGUUAAAUUUGAAUCUAGUUGUAAUUUUUAAGCAAAUAGUAUUCUGCCCCACCAACAUAAUACUGUUAUAAGAUACUCACUUUGACUUCGAAGCCUCAGUGGAAGAAGCUGAUGACUUCUAUUUACCUGGAAACACAAAUAUCAGCUUACCAUAGCUGGCUAGUAUGCUUGUUUCCUGUCAGCUUCUGGUUUUGUUUUCUUGCAUUUUUCUUUUUGAAAGUGUGUACAACCACACCAUAGUAGUCAAUAACUAUUUAAUAAUUUCCAUUUGAAUUUAAGGGCAGGUUGACCCUGUUAUCCUAACAGUAAAAAUAGUACUUUUCAAAGAUUUGCAAAUUAAGAAGGGAAGCAAUGACAUUUAGAAAUAAAAUUCAAAGCCUAUUGUCAAUGCAAAUCUGCCUGUUAAUUAGACUUACUUUCUUCUGAGACACCAGUUUUCUAUUUGUGUUCUGUCUGAAGUUGGAAGCUGCCUUAAAAUUGGUCUUGGUUUUGAGUGUGUUUUCUGAGGCUAUACAUAUCAGUUGUCUUUGGCUUACUCAGGGAUUUUUAUUCCUCUCUUUAAAUGUCAAAUAAUGAAGAUAUUUUUGUAUUAUUUAGAAAAACCUUCAGACCUCAGAGAGCAAGAUAUAUAUAUAGAUAGAUUUGGGUUUGCAACGCAGUCUAUAACAUGGUGUCAAAUUAUUCCACUUGAGAAUAUUUUAGUACUUGAGAUUAUCUGUAAUUAACUACACAGUAGAUUAAUUUCCUUUCUUUUCCUGGUUCUGUAUAAAUGUGUGAGAUAUUCUUACAGUCUUUGUAGCUGUUUUCACUCUUCCAUGUUUGCCGUUUUCAGUUUUUAACUAGAGUUCAGUAAGAUCUGAAACUAAGAUACUAGAAUAAAGAGCAUAAAAAGGAAGAUAAUAGAUCUGCACUUACUUAAUAUUCAGAAAGCAUGUCCUUGUGGAUGGAGAAAAGGAAAAUACAGCUCAGCUCAUACGUUAUCAUUUAAGCUAGGCCAUUUUGAUUUUAUCGGAACAGAUGAAAUCAAAGGGAAAUGGUUUUUCAUUUUCUAUACAGAGCAAAAAGAGACAUCUUUGACCUUGUAAAGAUGAGUGAGUCUGAUUGUGCUUUUUCUGUAGGCAAAAAAAAAAGGAAUUACAAUAAUCUUUGCUUUUCUACAGAAGAGGAUAAACCUUCAAGAGCCAGGCAGAAUAGGGAUAUGGAAGUCUUUUUCCAUCAGUAUAAAAAUAUUCCCACUUGAAAAGUACAUAAAUACAUUUUUUAUCAAUAUUAUAUAACAUAACCUACUAAAGCAUGAGAAGUAGCUCAGUACAAAGCUUCAUUUGGUUAAACAUUAGCCUUUAAACAACUCAUCACAGCAAAUCUUAUAGAUAUCAAAGCAAUGUCAUUUGUUUUAAAAGCAUGUCAUUUAAUUUAUUCAUUUGAAAGAAAUGGAAUGAACUUUAUAAGGAAAUUCAAGGAUGUUUUUAUUACGUGUGUUGUUUUUCGUAACUACUCUAAAGAAACCAUCAGGCUGUUCUACUCCAUCUUUAUUAGCAGAAAACUACAUCAGGCAGCUAGAUUAACCUGCUAAGGCAGAUUUCACACUACUGUAUGCUGAUCAUCACUGGUCAUUGUGUUUGCUUUCACCACAGUUAAUAUUUAAAAUUAUUUAUCCUUGUGCAAAGUUGUUGCUCAUCAGUACCUGUGUUCAGACUAGGAAUUUUUUGAGUCUAUUCUACACUAGCCUUCUUUUUCAAGCUUGCCUGGGGUGGAUUUGCCCAAGCUCAGCCCUGCUUGCAGGCGUGCAGUCAGAGCUGGGGCCCUGCCUGUGGUACCAUGGCUUUGUGCGCCCAUCCUGCUCCUGCUGGGAGGGCUGGCUGGACACGCCACCCCGCAGGGGCCACUCUCCCUUUCUCCACUAUGCAGAAUUUAGUUGUGUUUCAUUAAUGGGGUUGAGUUCCAGGGCUACUCAGCCGUGUCAGCAGCAGGAUCAUGCUGAGUCCUGUGGGACUGUUAGGUAUAUGUGCAGAAUAUAUCCAGGAGCUUGUGACUGGAAAAUAAUUGUGCUUUUCCUUGUGUCAGUCUAUUAGCUAGUGAGAGUAAUAAGCUGAGUGGAAAUACAAGCAAGAGGCAGAAAAGCAAUUCUCCUAGUAGCCUUGUGCUGAGCUUGACCCAUCAGGUUUAGUUCUGUACAAAAAAGUCAGUGAGUCUUCAUUUCCCACCACCUCUGUAAUAAACAGCAUAUUCAUACCUGUUCAGUGUCUUUAAAGUACAGUGCACUUCGAGUGAUCUGUUAUCUUCCUUUGAGGCAGUGCAAAUGUGUAAGGGAAGAUUUUGUUUGGUUUUGAUGUUACUAAUGCUGACUUCAUAACUCUUCCUGGUGUGUUAGGGGUUUUUGUAAUUUACACCUAUUUAUUCAUUAUAAAAGUUUUACUUUAUUAAAAAAUAUUAAUUUGCAGGGUCUAUUGCCAAUUUUAACUAGAAAGCAUUUUGGAUCACCAUCAGGUAUUCUUUUUAGCCAAGAGGCUUUUUGCUCUUCCAAAGACUGUCGCAGCUUGUGUGAUGUUAAAUGGUAUGUAGGUGGGGCAGUAAUUCUCCCAGAGGAUACAAAUUCACUGGUGAUGGAAUGGUUUCUAAUGCCAGUUAGAUCUGAGAAACUGUUUAAUAUUCAAUGGCCAAAUAGUUUGCUGUGCAGACUCUUGGUUGGUUUGCUAGCGCUUUUAAUUUAGUUGUGGUAUUUUGUUUCUUGAGCAAACCUUACAUCAUAAUUUUUGGUAUGCUAAUUGUGCAGGUUCAAGUUGUGGAUAAGAACCAUGGAUUGCUGUUACUGUUAUAAUCUAUAUUAGAUCACUGCUGAUGGAAAGAAUCCUACAUGAGGAAAAUAUUGGAUAAUUUUUUACUUUCUUUUCAUUUUUAAACCUAAUAGUUGCAGUAAGUCAGCUUCAUUUCUGACAUCAGUCACAGCCCAAUUAAACCAGAGAAAACUAUUUUUAUGUCAGUGUGGAAUUUGGUCACAAAUACUUUGAUGAAAACAUCUGGAAGCGUGUUGAUAGCCAUUGAAAACCUGGUUCACUUCCUAAGAAGUGCAAACUACUAUGGAGCCACUCUUCCCAUUCACACAAUGAUGCCAAUGUGUUUAGUAAGUGCAGGAGAGGGAAGGAGUUGGGAAGAUUUUCCAAACAGUGUUCUCAUUAGAGCAGAUUGUCAGGAGAAGGGAUACUAGCUUUUAAUAUAAUAAAGAAACCUUAAUGUUUUGAAGUCAGUAAUAAAAUUAGAAGCAACACCCAAAGACAGGGUUAAAUAACAUUUCUUCAAAUCCUGCUUUCUUCAGUGUAACAAAUAGCAGCACACUGUAAGAAUUGGAAUUGCAGCUGCUCAGUAUUCUUAGGACUUAACACAUAAACUUGAGGAUACACAACAUCUAAAAAGUUAUGUUGCUGAUCUGUUUGGUAGUUUAGCUUGCUGCUGUUUCAUGAAAAAGCAGCUGAGCCUUGAUUUGAUUGAACACAAGCGGUGUUUUCACUGGUGUUACAGCUUGAGCGGUACCCCAAAACAUUUUUGUAAUAAAACUAACAAAUGCAGUUGCUUGCAGACUGAAUCUUCCUAGCUGAUUCUUCGUCACCUUUCUGUGCAUAAGAGUUCAGGAUCCAUAUGUUCUCUCUGCAGUAAGGAAUAGACUGUACACAUUAGGCAAUUAGUCACUGAUGCUUCUCUUCUCUUGGCCUAAUAGUGAAUUGCCAUAAGGUAGGGAAAUGAAAACUGAUCUUAGAGUGCAUGCUCUGAUUUCAAAGAUAAAAAUGUGUAAUAAGAUUCAUUUACUCCAUAGCAAAAUAAUAAAUACAUACAUUUUGAAACACAAUUCCAGCUGUUUAUUUAUAAAACUGUCUGUUUAAAACAAUAGUUACAGUAGUGAUGCAUUUAUUAAAAUAUGCAUAUUGUGCAAAAGAAGACUUUUUUUGGUGCUUAUUUGGCUUAUCAAAGCAUGAAAAAUUAAUCUGAACUGUUUUGGAUGGAUCAAAGUGAGAAGAGAAGCUUAUUGUGUAAAAAUAUUUGUUUAGCAUAAACAUGAAUUUUGCACAUAUCUUAAACACAGUUGCAUGCCAACCCCAUUCAGUGUUCACCUUGUUGAAAAUUUGUCAGACUGAAAACAGUAUUUUUGAAAUUUUUAACUUACUGUUACUGAGCAUGAUGUUACUAACACAACGCCACGUUUACCUCAUUUUUAGAAGGAAAUAUAGUUACAGAAUCCAGAGAAGCUGUUCAGGUAUUUUAAACCUGUCCUGUAAAACUUCUGAUGCAGUCAGAAAACAUCUUGCUUUAUGCAAGCUCUGGAUGAGCAGAUGGAUUCAGUCUUUAGUCAUGGACCAUGUUUUUGCAUAAAAAAAUGCACUCUUAAGAGUUUUUCAUAUCAAUUUGCAUCCUGCUGCUUUGUGUCCAGAAAUCGCAAGGACAGGGGUAGAUUUACAUUUCACUGUUUACCAUCUCAUAAUAAAAUGUUUACCAUGUUUCCAUUCUUACACACUUUGUUUGCAAUGCUCUCCUUUUCCUUCUAAAUUUCAUAAUUUGAAACUGACUUGUGAAAAUGGCUGAAGAUCAAAUUGGACCUGUAAAAUGUGAUCUCAUAAGUUGCUUCAUUAAUGCUUUGCUGAGCUAUAAGCAAAAGAUUAAUUUUGUUGUAUUUACAUUAUUUAAAAGCAAGGUGCUGAAAUCUAUUUUUCUUCAGGGCUUUUAAUUUUGCAUUUUUUAAAAUGUACUUAAACAGCACAGUCAUCUUUGUUACAUAACUAACCAUCUGAGUACAAAAUAACAUUUUAGGCUAUUUGUUAAUUCUUGUCACUAUGGUAGAAAUGAGAAUAGUGCUGAAAAAAAGAAAUAAUUAUCUCCGAGGAGCACGUCCAAGCUGAGCUUAAUUCCAUUACAGUUCAGUGAGAAGUCUUCCCUUGCCCCCAUCGCUUCUUUUGUAUAUUUUAGGGUGAAGAGUUCCCUUUAAAAUAGGUUUAAUUGGAACGGCAAGGGGUGAGGGUAGUGAGACAAUAGAUCACAUCCUUUUUAGUGUACAGGCUUCUGGCACAGCUGGGGUGCUGGCCAAAACACUGUGGAUUCAUUAAGAAAGCAAUUUCUAGUUCUGCAUUUGGGUAACAGACAAGCUAGAUGCAUCAGCGAUUGGAACUUCUUGUAGUAUAUUUAUGGGAUGAACUAAGAAGCUAUAAAAACUGGAGGAAGGCAGUGCCCAUGAAAUCAACACUUGAAUUCCAGUAUUUAAUGUGUUUUGUAUAAUGAGGAAUUUUAAAUGUGUAAGUGCCUUAUUGUGUGAAACAAAUGGAAGGUGUUCAUAUCCCUCAAUAGAGCAAUAUGGGAAUUCCUGUUCUGUGGACUCCUACAGUCACAUUAAGCCAAAGUAAUGAGUAUUGGUUUGCUCAGAAAGUUGACAAAUGUUACGUUAGUGAAGAGGUUAGCCUAUUAUAAAAGUAAUCUAGCAUGCUUAUUUUAAUUCUGAUGAUCUCAUUUCUUAGGUUUCUUUAACUUGCUCUUUGCCCCCAUCCCUCUCCUGACUCCUGUCUUCCUUCAGACUUCUGCAGAAAUGCAUCUUAAGUUGUUAGAGUAAGUUGGCUCCUCCAACAUAAGAAGUCAUGAGUUUUCAGCCACUGAAAGAAAUGCAAGCUUUUGGAGAAGAGAAUUCAGCCAAAGUUCAGUUCGACCACAGCCUGUUGUGGGUGUGCCUGCCAACUUGGGGGCUCACACGUGCCUUGUUCACACUAAUUCCUGGAGAUGGAGGCACCAAGGAAUAUGGCACAUGGAGGUGCACUGUAACUAGGCUGGGACUAAAAACAGGUUGAGAGCGUUUCAGUGUUAUCCAGCUGGAACUAACAUAUUCUGUUCAUACAAGUUGGUAACUCCUCUGGGGUGGUAUCUGGGUGGACUAAACCAUCAAUCGAGACGAUGGCGCAGCUCUGGGAUCUCUGCCCAGCCCUUCACUGCAGGGUGGGAAGUGUGAUUUGAAAAAGUAUUACUCAUGUUGCCGUCUUCUGAUAGCUUCAAAAUGGGUGUUGUGGGAUUUAUUUCUCCUUACUUCCUUUUCCAGAAAACAGUGGAGUUUUGCCCUUUAUCUUCUAGAUUUACUAAAGGACCUGUUUGUUCUUACUAACAUUGAUACGACUAUUGUCACUCUAUAAUUGAAGUCAGGAUUAAGCUACUUUUCUAAAAUUACCUUGAAUUUCAUGAGCUUAUGGUAGCAGUUAUCUGUCAAAAAACAAUGAAGUAUAAAAGGUAAUUAUCAGAAGGAAAUUGAGUUAAUGGGGGGUAAGAAGAAAAAUGGUGCUUAGAAGGUCUAUUUAUUAUAGAUUCAUUAUCAUAAAAUGCUUUUACUAUGUUCAAUUUCCUCCACUGAGAAUUUGUAAAGGAAAGAAGGAGAAAUGAAGAUAAGAAGAGUAUUCCUUUGAACCUUUUCCUGAGAUUCUUGAUUUUUUCAGAACUGUGGGAGGGGCUUUUUUUCCCCACCCUGCAGUUAUGAAUUGGUAAUAUAGCUGUCACAGUGUUACUGUUAACACUACUGUGACUGUUUAGUCAGGAUUCAGCUUGCAUAUUUGAAGGUUUUUGGUGGUAGGGAAUUUGAUUUAGAGCCAUACUGCAAUAAAAUUGUAAGUGAAUUAUCACUCUUACAUACCUUAAUGAUUUCUAUUUCAGCAUUAUCUCAAAUUUUUAGGCAUUAAACAUUUGGUCCUUCUAUAAUCCAUUGAAUAGAAGAUGCCAUCAAAAGACUCCUUCAACCUUAUGAGUUACUGUUUAUUUUUACAAGUUAUUUCUUUAAAUGCAUUUUUUCUCUCCUAGAACCAGCAGACACAACCAAAAUGCUGAUAAAAUUUCCCCAUUGUCUUUGUCUUGCAUUUAGCUGAUUCUGUAUUUUCUGUUGCAUAGUAUUGCAACAAUGGUCUUCAUGCUGUAAUAACUUGAUGAAAAUAUUAAGUAGUCUUAGGCAAUAUUUUACAAAUAAUUCAUCUUUCAAGUUGGUAUUUUAAAUGUAUAUCAGUAAUCACUGUUGAGUGUGCUACCCAUGUGGCUGCUUUAGUUCAUGUCAAUGUUUUGUAAGGAUUAUUUCUUGCUACCCUCUUCAGAGUGCCUUUUCAUUUAGGAGGUCUAGAAGAUGGUUCAUUGAAGUCUUCUGUUGAAUCUACCAUAAUAAUGUCUGAUCUUUAAACUUGUCCUGAUGAAUGUAUAACUAAAAUCUUGUUCUUU